CCAAUCAGCGAUGAGAAACGGAAACAUUGGGCUGGUGCUAGUAAAGUGUUAGGAGCUGUGACGUCACGCAGCUGGCGAAACGUUGGGGAGGAGAGCGGGUGUAAGUGGUGUGGAAGCGAAGGAAGGAUGUGAAGUGGUCGUUGCCUUCGGAUCUCCCGAAUGAGGGUUGAGGAACCCUACUUGCUUUCAUAUAUUGAUAGAAGUGACUGAUAAGAUUUCCAGUGAUUUUGUUUGCUCCAAGACUGGUGGUAUGGAGGAAAAAGAGAGAUGUGGAGAGCUUUCCAUCAUCUAAUUUAAAGAAUAAAUCAUCAGCAUCCCGCUUCUUAUCCUGGACUGCCAAGAAAGGCUCAGGUUAUUAGUUACUGUGAUAGAGCCCACACACCCCCCUGCAGGGAAGCAUGGCAUAUCACAUACACGUACAUGAUUACUAGGACCUCCAGCGUGCAGCCACUUUAGAGGACAUUUCUAAGACUAAUCGCAACGCUGCAGUUCUUAUCCUAACUUUGGUUCUCAGCCAUGAGUUGUGUACCGUGGAAAGGAGAUAAAGCAAAAAACUGUGGUGAGCUUCAAGAACCUUUUCCAACGCAAAUUUACCACGAAAAACAGCGGCGGGAACUGUGUGCUCUCCAUGCCUUGAAUAAUGUCUUCCAGGAUGCUGGAGCGUUCACUCGCGAAGCCCUUCAGGAGAUAUUCCAGAGGUUGUCCCCCAAUACGCUGGUGACCCCACACAAGAAAAACAUGUUGGGCAAUGGAAACUAUGAUGUCAACGUAAUUAUGGCAGCGCUUCAGACCAAGGGAUAUGAAGCUGUGUGGUGGGAUAAAAGAAGGGACGUUGGCUUGAUCUCCCUUUCUAAUGUCACAGGGUUCAUCAUGAACCUCCCAUCAAGUCUGUCCUGGGGACCCUUAAAGCUCCCACUUAAGAGGCAGCACUGGAUAUGUGUGCGUGAGAUCAGUGGCACUUAUUUCAACCUGGAUUCCAAGCUUAAGAGGCCUGAGCGGAUUGGAAGUGAUGAGGACUUAAGGAAAUUUUUACAGCAUCAACUAAGGGGAAAAAACUGUGAGCUACUCUUAGUAGUGCCAGAAGAAGUUGAAGUUCAUCAGCGCUGGCGGACUGACCUGUAAUAAACUUUUUUGAUUUUUUUUUUUUUUUUUUUACUAUUAUAUACAUUUUUUUUUUUCACUACAGUUUAUUACGUAUUGACAAUCUCUGUAUUGGAUGCAGCCCUGUAUUUGUCCUCCAGAAGAAAUAAUUUUUUUUUUUAAAUGGGAGGCUUUGGCCCUUUCACAUGUGGAGGAGUAAUCCACAGGUUCUUUUUGUUUCUAUGUAUCAAAACAAUAGGAGGCUGAUUCAUCUCGGUAAAGUCUAAAUGAAAAAAGAAGUAAUGAACGGUGUUCUGUGGGUUACCAAAUGAGUAUAGUGCAGAAAUAAUUAUAAUUGAAAGGGACAAGUCCUAUGCAUGCUGAUGGUUGUGAUGGAAUCUCUACAGUACAUUUUUUUUAUUUUUUCUUCUGUUUUUGAUACACUUUUCAGGUUAACACUGUAAUUUUUACAGGAUACCUGUGGUAUAAGCCAUUGAUCCAGAUGAAAGCAUUAUAUAUUCACAAGGAACACCUUGGAUAAUUAUAAACAAACUGAGCCAUCCUUGUAUAUGCACAAUAUCUAAAAGCUUCAGUUCUUAAAAAAAAAAAAUUAAUAAAAUAAGAAAAAAAAUCAAAAACGAAAAAGUGCUCUUUAUAACCUAAGAAAUAAUUGUAUAUGUGGACAUAAACAGUACACAUUAUUUUGUUUUAUCUUUAUAAUGCGCCCUCUUUAAGCAGACAUUGCCUGUUUUAUAUCCAUGUCUGUGCAGUUAUACUGGUGCAAUCUGAUUAGUUUACAUGUUCAGCCAAAAUAUGAUGUUACUUGAAAGCAAUUUCUAAACACUAUAAUCAAGUAGUGCUGAAAGACUAAAGGAGGUCCCUUUCCUGGUGCCUAAUUUCAGUCUAGAUACAGUUUUUUUUUUUUUUUUUUCUUUUCUUUAAAACUAUACCACACUAAUGGAUAUUGGUUCUGUUCAACAACAGAAGUUCAAGUUAAUGUAUGCCUGUGUCCACUAUUUUGUCUCAACUUUGUAAUAUGGUAGUACUAUGAUAUGACUUCUUGCCUUUGCUUGCGCCAUUUAUUUAACAUCCUGACUUUCCAAACUCCAUCACUCAUGUAAAAUCCUUGGAUAUGUGUUUUGUUACACAAUACUAUAUGUAGAAAAUUAUAGCAAGGGCAAACUGUUUAAUUUCAUAGAAACCCUGGGUUAUUACUGGGUAAGAAGAAAUUUUACUUAAGCUGAACUCCGCUAGAUAUACAAUGGUACCAGUUAAUGCAGUUACAAAUUCAACACUCGGAUUGGGAAAGGGAAGAGCACUAGAGCCAGUUGCACUUCUGUACAUUGGAAUGAAUUUGCUGCUUUCCCUUAAUUGUGCAGCCAGUAGGUUGAGGAUUUGUUCGUCACAAAGCUGUGCUGCUGUGAGAACGUAGCUGUACAGUGUGACUGGGUCACAAGACUGGCUGCACAGAAUUUAAAAUUCUUUAGCAGGUUAAACGGUUACCUUGGGUCUAUCUGGAGUUUAGCUUUAAAAAAUGGUGCUUUGUGGAAAUAGGAGAAAACUGUUUUAGAUAAAGGAGAAUAAAAUGCAUGCAGAACGUGACAUGCCCAAUCAAACUAAUGUUUUUUUUUAAUUGCAUUGCAAGAAGCAGGACAAUGAGAUAAAAUAUAUAUUUUUUUUUUUAAAUGGGCACUUCCGGAAACGCCACCAUUUUUUUAUUUUGCACCAGUAUUCGUGUAUAUAAUAAUGUUAUGUUUCAGAUGUGUAACAUUUGAACAGUACAGUAAAUAGGAGGCAAAAUGCUUAUAUUAAACUAAGGAACUGAUAACAGGACAAUAAUAAGCAUAAGUAUAUUUUCACUAUGAUUUGUGGGCCAUGUUAAAGCAUUUGAAUUCAGCAGUUGUGACUUAAAGAAAAAAAAAUAUCUGAAUAUAGUGCCUGUAAUCUGUUGCUGUAGAAAUGCAUCCUUUAGGGUUCAUGCCACAAGUGUUCUAGUCGGACGCUCUGUUUUCCACUCAAACACAUGCAGCGAUGUUUGUUUGAAAGGAACAUGCAGAAUUUGACAAGAAUAAGGCAUGCUGUAUCUGAAGAGGCACAAAGCAGGUCGAAUGCAGCCUUUGACUUCCCAUUUGUACUGCUCGAUUAAAGUAAGUGGGAUUUUGCUGACCUGCAUUGAACAUGCAUUCCAAAUGUACAUAAAAUGCAGGAAAACGGCACCCUGUGACAUGAGCUCUUACAGCGUUCAGUUAUUGUCUGUAUGACUGGUUUCAAUACAGUUACAGCACGCACUUACAUUGGUCCGUCAUUAAAAUAUCCAGUCUGUAAAAAGAUAGUCUCACAACAACGGUUUCAAAACUGUAUGCUAUGUUAAUUGUACUGGUCUGGUGGUUCAAUAUAUACAAAAGCCUCUUGUUUGUUUUGAACUAAUGUAUUUUGAUUAUUAGGUGAAGGCCAUGUUUACCAAGCAGCUGUGGGCUGUAUAUUGCCUUUAUCCUCAAUGCUUUUUAUUAAGGUUAACUUAACAGGAAUAAUGGGGGGGGGGGUUGGUGAGAAGAAUUACAAUGGUGCAUAAAAUGUGUGUGACUGGUGUGCGUCACAGCAGGUAGACCUGUUUCAAGUCUGUCUGCACCACCCGUUUAAGUUUCCAUUUCAGAGAAAUAGAAACUGGUCGGGGUUCUGCACCUAAUCAAUAAAUGGACUGUGGCCGUUUUUUUAUUUAGAAAACUGCCACAGGUCCCUGCCAUAUAGGAUGUUAACUAUCUGCCAGCAACUUUGAUAAGCAGGUCCAGCUCUCCUGCUCUUUUAUAUACUGUUUCUGGCACAGACACUGCAUAGAAAACUGUUUAGGCUAGGUUCACAUAUGCUGCGGCUCACAGCAUGGGGACCGGUGCCUCCCUGUUCACCGAUUCGCACCUCAAUUGGACCCAAAGACGCACAGGGCCCUUUUUAAAUCUGGACCGCAGCUGCCACAGAUCUGUGUGGCCUGGCUCCAUUGAGAGCCGGUCACUCUCCUGUCAUGUGAAUUGGAUGCAGAAGAAAAAAACAUUCAAUUUGCAUGUGUGUGAACCCGGCCUUAGAGUGCCUGAGCCACCCCUUCUUUUUUUUUUUUCUUUUUUUUGAUGCCCACUCAAUGUUUGGAUUUUUGUAGAUUUGGCCAUUUGUAUUAGGUAUUUAAGAAUAAGUUAUUACUUUUUUUUAUCAGGAAAUAGACUGGGAACCUGUUUAAUUACGGCUGUUACUGCACUAAGUAUCUGAUAGCUGUUCUACUACAGUGUAACAUUAAAAGCUCAGUGGUCACAGUUUGCCAAGUUACACAUUACUAGCCUCAGAGUUGCAAGCAGGUUUUGCAUGUUGAAUUGUCUUUUUCGAGUAUCAGUCCUUUGUAAUCAUCCUCUCUGAUUCACCUAAACACCUGCGUGGCAUGAGAAACUGGCCUAAAAGUGAGUGAUUUAUAGUAUGUGGGGAGCAGACAGUACAACAAUUUUUUCCAAUAAAAUAAUUUGCUACAAAGGCUGGAAAUAGAAAGCAACGGUGGCGAAAUUACAAGUAAAUCUUUUUUAUGCUAUUUUCUGUGCUAUUUGUUUACAGAGAAAAUGUAUUUUGUUAUCCAAAUAUAAAAUAAAGCAAAAUUACAAAGGC